AAACAUUCUCUACUCUCACUCUACACUGCCCUCGGAGCUAUAAGUUAUGCCAUCAAUUUGUUUCCAUCAGUCUCAUUCAAAAUGCUGCUUAGGCUUAACACUUUUCUUCGUUUAAAGAAACCUUUUAUCCUUAAUACUUUUGAAAUCAGCCGUCAUUUAAGCACAGCUAACAUCGCCGGCAGUGAUCGCACACCCCUGUAUGAUGUGGUCGUCGUCGGUGGUGGUCAUGCCGGCACAGAAGCAUGCUCGGCGGCAGCGCGUAUGGGCGCUCGAACGCUUCUCAUCACCCACAAACGCUCGACCAUCGGGGAGAUGUCGUGCAAUCCGUCGUUCGGUGGGAUUGGAAAGGGUCAUCUGAUGCGGGAGGUCGAUGCACUGGACGGUGUUUGUGCGAGGAGUUGCGAUAACAGUGGUGUCCAAUAUAAGGUGCUGAAUAAGAGACGGGGGCCGGCCGUCUGGGGACCAAGAGCGCAAAUUGACAGGAAAUUGUACAAGGCGGAAGUGCAGCGAGAGCUGGAAGGUACGGAAAAUCUGGAGAUAGUGGAAGCUUCAGUAGAGGAUAUCAUUCUAGACGCGGAGGAAGGUCAAUCUCAGAAUAGAAUUAAGGGAAUAAGUUUAAAGAACGGUGAUGUAGUGCUCACAAAAUCAAUCGUCAUCACAACCGGAACUUUUUUAAGGGGACAAAUAAAUAUUGGACUGCAAACCAUUCCUGCUGGGAGGAUUGGUGACGAACCAGCAAUUGGUUUGGCAAAAAGCCUAGAGGAUUUGGGCUUUCGAAUGUCCAGAUUGAAAACCGGAACUCCGCCACGUAUAAAGGCAUCUUCGAUAAACUUUGAUAUCUUGGAGCGGCACCCAGGGGAUAAUCCUCCGGUUCCAUUCUCCUUCAUGAACGAUCGAGUGUGGUUGAAUAAUGAGGAUCAGCUGGACUGUUUCCUAACUCACACGAGUCAAAAUGUGAAUGAUAUCGUUAAACGGAAUCUUCACUGCAACCGACAUGUUACGGAGGAGUUGACCGGACCACGGUACUGUCCUUCGAUUGAAUCUAAAGUGUUAAGAUUUGGAGAGAAGACUCAUCAGAUAUGGCUGGAACCAGAAGGAUUCGACAGUGAGUUGAUCUAUCCGAAUGGUUUAUCGUGCACGCUUCCAGAGGAAGAACAGAUCAAACUGGUCCGUUGCUUACGGGGACUAGAAAAGGCAGAGGUGGUUCGUCCAGGGUAUGGCGUGGAAUACGACUUCGUUGAUCCAAGAGAAUUGUAUCCAACGUUGGAAACCAAGCGAGUGGAGGGGUUGUUCUUCGCAGGGCAAAUCAACGGCACAACGGGUUAUGAAGAAGCGGGAGCUCAAGGAAUUCUAGCUGGGGCUAACGCGGCUGCAAAAGUUUUGAAUAAAAAGGCAUUGACGAUAAGUCGGACAGAGGGAUACCUUGGGGUGCUGGUGGAUGAUUUAACAACCUUGGGGACGAAUGAACCGUACCGGAUGUUUACCAGCAGAGCAGAGUUUAGACUGAGCCUACGACCGGACAAUGCAGAUUUACGUUUGACGGAGAAGGGUUACGAGAUUGGAUUGGUAUCCGAAAAUCGUUUCCAGAGGAUGGUGUCGAUGAGGGAGAAACUGAAGAUGGCUAUUGAGUUACUGAGUGACUUUAAAAAGGGUAGUAAUAACUGGAAGGAGCUGUUGGGUCUUCCAUUGGCCAAGGCGAGUCUUCAGAAGAGUGCGUUUGAGAUGCUGGCGAUUUCAGUAGAAGAUAUUAGGACGGAAGAUUUAUGCGAUUUAAAUCCCGGAGUGCUCGGCUGGAUCAAGGAGGAUCGCACGUUGUGCGAACGAUUGAAGAUUGAGGCCUUGUACAGUUUGUCUAUUCAAGAACAAGCCAAAGAAGUUGAAGAAGUUCAAAAGCAUGAGCAGCUGCUGAUUCCAAGAUCGAUUGAUUACCUGUCGAGAACUCUAAACCUUUCCUAUGAAGAACAGGAAAAACUUGUACACAUCCAACCACAAACGAUUGCCGCAGCCAGCAGAAUUCAAGGUAUCACCCCUUCCACCAUCAUUCGAUUAGUGCGGUAUGUUAAACAGCAAGAAAUGGCCGCCUCUGUCUAAGCUUGGACUGAAUGGAUUUCAAUGAGAAUUACGCUUCACCACAGUGUAUAACACGAAGGAUAAUACAUUUUAUUCGAAUUACUUGUCUAUAAAUAAUAUCGGUUUAGUAUUUAAUAUAAAUAAAUAGUUGUUUAUAUACACA